GCUGAAAAUUAGUUUCUCUAAGUAUGGGGGAGGGGGAGCUGCCUUUUUCCUGGAGAAAGAUGAUCUGAGGGAAUUGCGGCUACGCUUCAGGGCAAGGAUGGACGGACUUUGCCUUGGCUGCGAUAGCCGUGUUUCUUUCAAUGGGACACUUAUUUGGUGGAGUGUCUUUCAUAUGAACUGUAUCCCAAAGUGCCUUGCAGCAUUAGCAGACAAGAGGAAAUAUGAAAUACAGGAAAAAAGGAACAGAGGUUUUUAGCUGUGUCUUCACGUGAGGUGGAGGGUGGGCAGCAACAUACACGUAGUGUGUCUACACUGCAAUUAAAAACCUGCAGCCUGGCCCAUGCCAGCUGGCUUGGGUUAAGGGGCUGUUUAAUGGUGGUAUCGAUGUUCAGGCUCUAGUUCCCAGGGAGGUGGGAGGGUCCCAGUGCUCGAGCUGCAGCCUCAGCCUGGACAUCUACACUGCAGUUAAACAGCCCUGUACCCUGAGCCUCACCAACCCAACUCAGCUGGUCUGGUGCAGCUGUGGGCUUUUAAUUGCAGUGUAGACACCUUUUAGGGCCUGACUCUCCCCUCACCUGCAGCUUGUCACUGUUUACAUCUGUGCAAAGUGGGUGUGAAACAUCAUUCUGAUUUCCUACUGUUUUACACUUACUUUACACCUAGGGUGACCAGCUGUCCUGAUUUUUAGGCUCCUAUUACCCUUCCACCCCAUCUUGAUUUUUCACAUUUGCUGUCGGGUCACCCUACUUACACCUGAGCAAAGGAGUGUAAAACACUGGCAGAUGAGACUGGAGCACCCACCUAAGUGCAAAUAACUACAUUACACGUGAGGCAGUAGAGAAGCAGGCCCUCUGCCUAUAAAAUCUGGUGCAGUGAAUCACAUUAUUUCUGAGAUGGGAAGUGGAAGAACUGCAUUGAAUGUGGUUUUCAGCAUCAGAGAUGUGGAGCCCAGAACUGCUGCAGAGCAGGUUCUGUGUCUUGCUGGCUUGACUGUUGUCAUGAAGUUUCCUCCCCCCUCACCCAUUUCUGUUUAUCCCAGAUGGUCAAACACAGCUGUCUGGGCAGGUUUUGCAGCAGCUGUGAUGAGCAAAGAUGGAAGGCAUCUGCCUAGUCUUUCUGGAUAGCUGGGUCCCUCAAACCCCUCGUGAUCAGUAGGGCAGGUGUGCAACGGACCACAAUAUCGACAACACAACCGAGAUCCUGUGGGAAUGGCUUACGGCCAUGGAGAAACACUAUCGCUACAUUGAGUGGAAGUCAGUGGAGGAGCCCAGCUCUUACCCCGAUGAACUUGGCCCCAAGCACUGGACAGACGAACGCUAUGAACAUGUCAUGAGGCUCAAGCAGGAAGCUCUGAGCUUCGCCCGGGCCAAGGGGGCUGAUUAUCUCCUGCUCACCGAUACAGACAGCAUCCUGACCAACAAUCGGACCCUGACGUUCCUGAUCUCGCAGAACAAGUCCGUGAUCGCCCCCAUGCUGGACUCCCAGACAUAUUACUCCAACUUCUGGUGUGGGAUAACCCCUCAGGGUUACUACCGCAGGACAGCAGACUAUUUCCCCACCAAGAACCGCCAGCGCGUGGGCUGCUUCGCCGUCCCCAUGGUGUACGCCACCUUCCUGCUUGACCUGCGAAAAGAGGGGACCUCCGAGCUCGCCUUCCACCCACCCCACCCCAACUACACCUGGCCCUUCGACGACAUCAUCGUCUUCGCCUACUCCUGCCAAGCAGCGGGAGUCCAGAUCUACGUGUGUAACCAGGAGCGGUUUGGUUACAUCAAUGUCCCGGUGAAGUCCCAUCAGACGCUAGAGGACGAACGAAUCAACUUUGUGCACCUCAUCCUGGAAGCCAUGGUGGACGGCCCCCCGAUGUACCCCUCUGAGCACGUUUCCCUCAGCCCCAAGCACCUCGGUAAAAUGGGCUUUGAUGAGAUUUUCCUGAUUAACCUGGUGCGGCGGCCAGACCGGCGCCAGCGGAUGCUGAGUUCUCUGUAUGAGCUGGAGAUAGACCCCCUGGUGGUGGACGCUGUGGAUGGGAGCGCCCUGAACAGCAGUGACAUUAAGAUCCUGGGUGUGGAUCUGCUCCCAGGAUACUACGACCCGUUCUCUGGCAGGACGCUCACCAAGGGGGAGGUCGGUUGCUUCCUCAGCCAUUAUUACAUCUGGAAAGAGAUCGUGGCGCGGGGGCUGGAGAAGUCGGUGGUGUUUGAGGAUGACGUGCGCUUCGAGGCCUAUUUCAAGGUGCGGCUGACGCGACUGAUGGAGGAGCUGGAGUGGGCACAGCUGGACUGGGACCUGAUCUACCUGGGCAGGAAGCAGGUGAACUCGGACGACGAGGAGCCGGUGGAGGACGUGCGGAACCUGGUGGUGGCUGAAUAUUCCUACUGGACCCUGGCCUACAUCAUCUCCCAGCGGGGGGCCCAGAAGCUGAUCGCGGCCGAGCCCCUGUCCAAAAUGCUGCCGGUGGACGAGUUUCUGCCCAUCAUGUCGGACAAGCACCCAAACGAGGAUUACAAGCAGCAUUUUGCUAACCGAGACCUGCUGGUGUAUUCGGUGCACCCCCUGCUGGCUUACCCCACUCACUACACUGGGGACUCCAAGUGGCUCAGCGAUACGGAGACUUCGACCAUCUGGGAUGACGACUCCAAGAAGACGGACUGGAGCGGCUCACAGAAAACACUGAAGGGUUCCCGAAGCAACGCUGGCCAUUCCUUCCGCUCCACCUCCCGAGAUGAGCUCUAACAUCGGGCUGUGGUGCUUCCCAUUCCUCAAGCGUGACAAAGGAGGAUCACAAUGGGCCACUCUGCUCGGCUGCAGAUUCGACUGGUUCCUGGCUGAGAGAUGCAGCUGUGUUUGCUUGACCAAAGGGGGAGUGUUUAACCUGGGCCCAUAAUCGUCACUCACUGAAAUAGACCGUAUGCAGAGUUUGCACCAAGGAACCUGCUUGACUAUCUGGACACCUCUGCUAGAUGGUGGAGCUUUUGGUCUCGUCCUUUGCAACCUACUACUUCUCCUUCCCCAUCUCUAGUGGUGCCUCUCCCUGAAAGGACAGAACCAUUUGGAAAUGUACGAGGCUCGGUAACCUUCCAGAUAUUGACUUGCUCAGUAUUUUCAGAUUGAGCUCAUUCCUGCAGGGACGCAGGAGCCCACUCAUCUGAGAUCUGCCAGGCCAUAGGGCCAGGGGUGUGUGUUAGAGCCGAGGGCUCUUGCUGUAUAUUGAUUCUUUUGUAAUACUUGUUUGGAUGUUGUCUUAUUUGAUCAGCUCAUCCUUCUGCUCCAUGGAAUCAAAGCUCUUUCUCUUCUCCACCCCAAGUUGGAGCCGAUGACCACGCUGGGGACCUUUCUGAAAAGGGGAGGGCAUCUAGACAUGAGGCUUAAGAAAUGCCCCAGAUAGACUUCCAGAGCUGUAGCGUUCAAAUCCAGUGCAGGGCAGAAGUAAUGCAAAGAUCUGCCCAGCUGGCUGCAGGUUGGGGUUCUCUCUGCAUUAGGCCAGGCUGCCUGCUGCAUUUUCCCUCCCAUGUAGUAUGGUUUAACUGAACUAAGCAAGCCCUCUGGAGGAUUAAACUGGACUCUAUUUAAGCCAACUCACCCAUAUUUUGUCACCAUCUUCUUGUUCUCUAUAGCCCCUCUAGUGUUCUCUAGUGUCUAUUUCAUUUGUUCGCUUUGCUCUGGGUUACUAGCAUGUGUACGGGAGUCUGCAAUGCCCAGAUCGCCUCCUUUCCUCCAUGUGCAGUGCACUGACAGUGCCCAGGGAUCCCCUCUCAGUGCCAUUCGGGAGGGGGAAAUAAGCUAUACCACUAUAGGACACCUUUACCAUUUAUAUCGGUACCUGGUAUAGAAAAGCCACACCCUUAACU